GCGGACGGCGUCGGACCGGAGCUCCCUCCGCAGGUACCGGGAUUGGGGGGGUGGGACCGGCGGUGCCGCGCAGCCGUCGCUGCCGUGCCGGAGCCGGACCUCUCGGGGCCGUUCGUCGGGGUGAACUUUUGCAGGGGCGGCUUUCGGCUCCUCGGAGCGCGGGGGACGUUCGGGCCUUCGGGACCCCCGGGCACAGCGUCCCCAGCGCCGCCCCCUCCCGCAGCGAUGGGCGAGUGGGGCUUCCUGAGCUCGCUGCUGGACGCGGUGCAGGAGCACUCGCCCAUGGGGGGCCGCUGCUGGCUGCUGGUGACGCUGCUCUUCCGCGUGCUGGUGCUCGUGGGCAGCGACGUCUUCGAGGACGAGCAGGAGGAGCUCGCGUGCAACACGCGGCAGCCGGGCUGCAAAGCGAUGUGUUACGACGCGGCCUUCCCGCUCUCGCAUUACCGCUUCCUGCUUUUCCUCGUGCUCGCUCUCUCGGCGCUCUUCCUCAUCUUCGCCGUGCACCAAACGGCCAAAGCGGGGCUCCCAGCGGGGCGGCGCUCCCGACGGCUGCGGCGCUUCUACGCGGGCAGCGUCGCGCUCUGCAGCGCGGCCGAGGUUUCGUCGUUCCUGCUGGGGCAGCCGCUGCUCUACGGCUCCCGAGUGCCGCCGCUCUUCGUCUGCCGCCGCCGGCCGGGCCCGCACCGCGUCCAUUGCUUCGUGUCCCGCCCCACCGAGCAGACCGGCUUCAUCCGCUUCUACUUCGCCGUCGGGUUGGAGUCGGCGCUGCUCAGCCUGGCGGAGCUCGGCCACCUCCUGCGCAAGAGCCGAACGGCUCCCGAGAAGAUCCCCACCUCCGGGGGGGCGGCUCAGCAGCUGCGCCCCCCAGUGCGAGCUGCCCUGGAUGCGUGAAACGCGUGUGCCGUCGCUGCGAUGAGUUGUGGCUGCGCUCAGCCUGGGGGGGGUCACAGGUCUGCAUUGGUGUCAGGAAGCAGCCGUGCCCUGCUGCCCCCCCCCCUCCCCACCCGGUUCCUGUUGUGGGGCAGCGGAUGGGCCUCACCCUGCAGCUGCUGGAAAGAAAACUGGGAGAGGGAGGAAAACAAAGCAGUGCUGACCACAAAUGUCACGAGGGCGCCGGGGCUCUGCAGGCACCGCACCCCACUGCACUCUGCCCAUCCCUGCUUUGUUGGAUGCAUGGGG